AUGGCCGCACUGCGCCGAACCUUCCACGUGCUGCGCCUGGUGAUGGGGGCGCCACGCAUCCUGGCGGGCUCCCUGGCCGGUAGCUGCCUGGCGGACCGUUGCCUCUGGGAUCAGCUCCACACCACGUUGUGGCUGGGCAGCGUACCCACCUUCGACUGGUUCUUUGGAUAUGAGGAAGUCCAGGACCUCCUGCUGCCAUUCGUGCAGGAGGCACGGGCUGCCUGUCCUCUGCGGGUCCUGGAUGUGGGCUGUGGGACCUCCAACCUGUGCACAGGCCUGUACACCAAAUCCCCACACCCAGUGGAUGUGCUUGGAGUGGACUUCUCUCCCGUGGCAGUGGCCCACAUGAACAACCUCCUGGAUGGUGGCCAAGGCCAAGCACCUCUGUGCCCUGGGCACCCUGCCUCCCGGCUCCAAUUCAUGCAGGCUGAUGCCCAGAACUUGGGGCCUGUGGCUUCCUCAGGCUCUUUCUAGCUAUUGCUGGACAAGGGAACCUGGGAUGCUGUAGCCCGGGGAGGUCUACCUGGGGCUCACCAGCUGCUGUCAGAAUGCCUGAGGGUCCUAAGCCCCCAGGGGACCCUGAUUCAAUUCUCAGAUGAGGACCCUGAUGUCCGGUUGCCAUGCCUGGAGCAAGGGUCCAAUGGCAGGACUGUGACUGUGCAGGAGUUAGGCCCUUUCAGGGGCAUCACCUACUUUGCUUACUUGGUUCAAGGCUCUCAUUAAAGAGAUUUCAGU